AUGGAUCUUGUUGAUGACUGUUUAAAACUGGCCAGACAGUGCCAACUUUCAGUGCUUGUUGCAGAUAUAGAGGAUAGAAUGAAGAAAACAUUGUCGUGGGAAAGCACCAAACCUGGAGUGAGUGUGACGACUCUGGUAGUUGACCCGGCAGAUGGAGGGGAUAUCCUCAAGCAGAAUCUGGCUCAGCUUGCACAAUGCUCCAUGCCAGCAGAUCUCACAUCCUGGGUUGUGGGCGAACUUCCAUUUGAUGCCGAAGCAGUGCCACUUUCCUACCCUGAUGUGUGUUUCAUAGUAAAGGACCGUCAGUUUAUGUGUCAUAAGGCGUUUUUCUGCGGAAGAAGUGACUAUUUUAAAGCCCUACUGGAGGAUCAUUUUGGUGAAAACAAGUGCAGUGAAAAUAUCCCAGUGGUUUACCUUCAUGACAUUUCUAUCGACAUUUUCGUUCGCAUUCUUACAUAUAUAUAUUCUGAUUCAUGCGAGCUAAAUUCUGAUAUUGUUGGUGAUGUCCUAAUGUUUGCUGACAUGUUUCUGCUGCCGGGACUCAAGAGGUUGUGUGGGACGUCAAUGAUCCGUUAUGUGGAUUUAUCCAAUGUAGUGUCUAUGAUCAGAACCUCUAGGUUGUUUUGCCUGCCGAGACUUGAAACUCACUGUGCUGAGUUUAUCGCUGACAAUUUAACAAAGGUGGUUCAAAGUGAGGAUUUCAAAGAGCUGGUGCUGGAGGAUGCCCGAAACGUCAAGGGGAGAGAAGAAACAGACUCAAUCGACAUUGUGGAUGAGAUUCGAUAUUAUAUAUCCAGUUUUGUUCUAACAUUCAGUGACAUGGAGGAGGCUAAUGAGAAGUUGCGAGUGAUUGAUGAUCUGCUUGAAGAAUUAGAUAUUGAGGGUUGA